AAGGAGCAAGAGGGCAGUGAGCGGCUCAGCAGCGCAACUCCGCUGCCGUCCCGGGGGAAGGGGGAUCGGGAUCCCCGAAACCCCUGACUCGGGGGAUCGGGGCUCCCUCACCCAGUCACGGAGGAGGCAGCCCCCCCCGUUCGGUUCCGCUCAGAGGAGGACUCGGACUCGGACUCCUUUCGUCCUCCGAACUCCACCCCCCAUCCCAGCGCGGUGACCGGCGCUUCCUCUCCUCCCUUCUCUGACUGAGGACCCCUCUUCGCGGCAGGGAGGACGGGGACGACUUAUCUCCCGGCCCGGGAACUGCCCUUGUCCCAGCAGCUGAGCUGCGAACAGCUUAUUAGUAUUAUUAUUAUGAUUUUUGCCUACGUCGUGUGUGUGGAGCCUCUUCUUGCCUGACAUGGUGCAAAGGCAGAGGGAGUAAUGGCGACCUGACACACGGAGGGGCUGAGGAAGAGCAGGAGGCAGCCAAAGCGGGAAGGAAAAGGAGCUUUUUUUCUGUAUAACUGGAAUCAAGAUAAAUCUUUGAGCUGGAAUCCCUCAAAUAACCUUCAAAGAUGAAGGCAGCAGAUGAGCCUGCCUACCUGACAGUGGGAACUGAUGUCAGUGCCAAGUACCGUGGUGCCUUUUGUGAGGCAAAGAUUAAGACAGUGAAGAGGCUGGUGAAAGUCAAGGUAAUCCUGAAACAGGAUAACUCAGCUCAGUUAGUGCAAGAUGACCAAGUAAAAGGACCUUUAAGAAUUGGUGCAAUGGUUGAAACCAAGAUGCCUGAUGGAUCCUUUCAAGAAGCUGUUAUCAACAAAUUGACAGAUGCCAGCUGGUAUACUGUAGUUUUUGAUGAUGGAGAUGAGAGGACGUUGAGACGAACUUCAUUGUGCUUGAAGGGGGAGAGACACUUUGCAGAAAGUGAGACACUUGACCAACUGCCACUAACAAAUCCAGAGCACUUUGGAACUCCAGUAAUUGGGAAGAAAUCCAACAGAGGGAGAAGAUCUUCUCUUCCUGUCACUGAAGAUGAAAAAGAGGAAGAAAGUAGUGAAGAGGAAGAGGAAGAUAAGAGACGUCUUAAUGAUGAAUUGCUUGGCAAAGUUGUCAGUGUAAUUUUUUGUUCGGAGAAGACUGACUGGUAUCCAGCUUUGGUAAUAUCUCCCAGCUGUAACGAUGACAUCACAGUGAAAAAGGACCAGUGUUUAGUUCGAUCUUUUGCAGAUUCCAAAUUUUAUUCAAUAGCAAGAAAGGACAUCAAAGAACUAGAUGUAAAGCUAUCAAAAUCUGAUCUAUCUGCUAAAAAAGGGUUACAGGAAGCAAGCACUUUCUUAAACACAAAAGCUGUUCCUGAUAACUGGAAAAUGGACAUGAGUGAAAUCCUGGAGUCCUCCAGCAGUGAUGAGGAAGAUGGCGCUGCUGCAGAAAGUGAUGAAGAGGAAGACAAAGUGGAAGAAAAGGAGGAAGAAGUAGUGCCUGAGGAAGAGCUUGAUCCUGAAGAGAGGGACAACUUCCUCCAACAGCUCUACAAGUUUAUGGAAGACAGAGGUACACCUAUCAAUAAACCUCCAGUUCUGGGCUACAAGGAUCUUAACCUCUUCAAACUUUUUAGGCUGGUGUAUCAACAGGGUGGGUGUGACAAUAUUGACAGCGGUGCUGUAUGGAAGCAAAUUUAUAUGGACCUUGGCAUUCCUAUUUUGAACUCAGCUGCUUCAUACAAUGUAAAAACUGCUUAUAGAAAAUAUCUUUAUGGUUUUGAAGAGUACUGCCGCUCUGCAAACAUUCAGUUCAGGACCAUCCAUCAUAAUGAACCAAAAGUGGUAGAAGACAUUCAGAAACAAGAAGAACCAAUGGAGGAAACUGUAAAAGAGGAACAAGAAAUGCUUCCAGCAGAAGUAAAAAAUGAAGCAGAAGAAAAUGAUUCCAGCAGCGAAAGUGAAAAAGAAGAAAUAGAAUUAAGAUCCCCGAGAGGACGGAGGAGACUUGCUCGCGAUGCAAUAACUACUAAAAAAGAAACUGAAGAGGAUAAAAUGCAGGACAAAUUAAAAGACAGCAACAAAGAAAAUAAAGAUGUAGAGGAAACACUUGAGAAUGCAGAGAAGAAAGAAAAUGAGACACCACUCGGAAGAAAGAACACACCAAAGCAAAAAGAGAAGAAAAUGAAAAAACAAGAGGAAUCUGAUAAAGAAUCUGAUGAAGAGGAAGAGAAAAGGCAAGAGAGGGAGGAAGUUGAAAACAAAGGAGAAUCAGAAGGGGAGGAAGAUGAGGAGGACUCAGAGCCCUGUCUAACGGGAACCAAAGUGAAAGUAAAAUAUGGACGUGGAAAAACUCAGAAAAUUUAUGAAGCCAGUAUUAAGAGCACAGAAAUUGAUGAUGGAGAGGUUUUAUAUUUAGUACAUUACUAUGGCUGGAAUGUAAGAUACGAUGAAUGGGUGAAAGCUGAUCGGAUUAUCUGGCCUUUGGACAAAGGAGGACCAAAGAGAAAACAAAAGAAAAAAGCAAAAAGUAAAGAAGACCAGGAAAAGGAUGAAAAGAAGGAUGAGGAGAAACAGAAAUCAAAACGUGGCCGCCCCCCUCUGAAAUCUACUCUUCUGUCAAACAUGUCUUGCAGUUUAUCCAAAACACCUAAUAGUGAAGGUAAAUCUGGAGCCAGAAGUACACGGAGCAAUAUGUCAGAUUGCUUGUCAUUACCAAAUGGAACAGAAGGAACACCUCGCAGGCAGACGAGACGUAGCUCAGGAAUGUUUGAUUCUGAUAGAGGAUCAAACGAUUCUGGUUCAUCUGACAGCGAAGCUGAUGAGACUUCUGAAAAGAGUAUGAAUGAAGAAUUUUCUGCAGAAAUUUCAGAUAUGGAAAAAAAUGAAAAACUAAUUGAUGAGAAACCUGCUGAAGAAAACCCAAAGAUCCCACAUGUAUUGAUGAAAGAAAAUGACAGGACUCAAGUGCAGCCUCUAGAAACUUUGAAACUGGAAGUUGAAGAAAGUGAACAAAUAGUUCAGAUUUUUGGAAACAAAGCUGAACAAGUGGAAGAAAUUAAAAAAGAGACUGAAAAAUCACCUAAGGGGAAGGGAAGAAGGAGCAGGACAAGAGACCCCUCUUUAGAGAAUGUAAAGGUUUUGCCAGAAAGCCAGGAAGAGGGAACAAAUGAAACCCUCAUAGAAUCUGAAAGAUCAGAAAUUUCUUCCUUAGACAGUAAAGAGUUGUCCACCACUACUGAAAACGAAACAGACCCUUGUUCAAAAGAUAAGAAGCUUUUGAAAAGGAAAACGUUGGAACAGACAUCGCCGGAGAAAAAGGUACGACGAGAGUGUGAGAUGGAAGUGCCAAAUAUUGUGUCUGAGAGGACCAAUGAAUGUAUUGGAAUGGAGGAAUGUAAAGACUUUCGUGAUGCAGUGUCACUCAGAACUGAAAAUGAGGAAAUGCCGUCUUUAGUAGCAGAGUCAGAUCAACAUGUUCAAGAGCUGACGAAUGAAAAUUUUGAAUGUACAUCUGAGGAAAAUGAGCAUGUUCCAUUAAAAGAUGAGGAUGACACUAUGCCUCAGAUUGGACCUGAAACUCUACUUUGCCAUGAAGUGGAUUUGGAUGACUUUGAUGAAAAGGAAAAGAGCAGUAGUGAGGAUGCAGUAACAGAAAAGCCAGACCCCAACACUUUGACCUCAAAUCCAUCUGCCUUAACCCCUGCAGUCCAGCCUAACUUCUCUGUGGCCUCGCCCCUUGCUCUCAGUCAGGAUGAAUCUCGCAGUAUAAAAAGUGAAAGCGAUGUAACGAUUGAAGUGGACAGCGUGGCAGAAGAAUCUCAAGAAGGUCUCUGUGAAAGCGAGUCUGCUAAUGGAUUUGAAGCCAGUACCACUUCAAGCAAUUGUAGUAUAGCAGUACAAGACAGAGAUAAUGGAGAGAAGGGUCAAAAAAGGCCAAGCGAUGGCAAUAGUGGGACACUGGCAAAGAAACAAAAGCGUACUCCAAAGCGAUCAAGUGCUGUAGCCAAAAAUGAAAAGAAUGGAACAGGACAAAGCAGUGAUAGUGAAGAUCUUCCUGUCAUGGACAGUUCAAGUAAAUGUACUCCAGUAAAACACAUAAAUGUGUCCAAACCACAGAAGCUUGCGCGAUCCCCUGCAAGAGUAAUUUCCCCGCACAUCAAAGAUGGAGAAAAGGAUAAACAUAGAGAGAAACAUCACCACAGUGCUCCCCCUAGAGUGUAUAAGUGGAGUUUCCAACUCAAUGAACUAGACAACAUGAACAGCACUGAGAGAAUCUCCUUUCUACAAGAAAAGCUACAGGAAAUCCGAAAAUAUUACAUGUCCCUGAAGUCAGAAGUAGCAACAAUAGACAGAAGAAGAAAACGAUUAAAAAAGAAAGACAGAGAAGUGUCUCAUACAGGAGCAUCCAUGUCAUCUGCUUCAUCAGACACUGGGAUGAGUCCGUCAUCAUCUUCUCCUCCCCAGAAUGUGCUUGCUGUAGAAUGCAGGUGAUACAUAUUUCUCUGCCUUGUGAGCAGUUUGCUGCCAUGGACAUAAAUCCUGAAAUAUAACCACAAAAAGCACUCAACUGGUUUGACAUUGCCAAGUACAUUCUGUACACUCUUCCACUGCUGGACUGUAUCUUUUUCUUCCCUCUUGGUUUUUUAUUUUAUUUUAUUUUUAUUUUUACUGUUGAGAAAUUAAGCUCAUUGGUAACUGAAGGUUUGUAGGCACCGUCUGACAUGUUUGUCAUCGUGUUUAUUGUUUUUUUGUUAAUACAAAGAAAGGGCACUUAUCAGAUUUGAAAAAUUAUGUCCAAUGAAGCAUUCAGGUGUUCUAGGAAAUCAGAGAAAAGCAAGUGCAUCAAACAGACAUCAGAAUAUUAUCAAACAGAAUCAAGUUACUGCUGCACUUUCACCCAGCUUGUAUGCUAACCCUUGGUGAGUAGUUCCUCUUUGUGGAAGCACUUGCUAUACAGAGCUGCCAAAGUAUGUGUUCAGCAAUGUGCCCAGUUUUAAAGAUGUAAAUGGGACAAAAUAAAUUGUGAAAGGAAGUGUAGUUGACUGAAAACUACAGUUGUAAUAAGUCUUCCACUUUUUAUAGGAUUUUUGAGCACACAAUUAUGCAAAUAUUUUAAUGUUUAUUAAUGUUUACAGUGGAAUUGUGAAUAGGUUUUCAGUGGACUAUCUUAUCCCUUGACAAAAAUAUUUUGUCUUUUUUCUAUGUAAUUUCAGAGUUUUUAUUUUGUUACAAAAAGACGAAAAAUGAAAUAUAUAACAACAAUGAAGUUAUUUAACAAGAUUUCUAAAGCUGAAUUUUUGUGUGUAAAAUAAGGUAUCUUGCAACUUGUUAAAUAUAUUUAUUCAGACAUUGGAUGUUGUAUUUUUAUGUAUUUUUUAAAAUAUUAAUAAAAUUGGAAAAAAAUUCUAGGUUAGUUCACUCUUUUGAAAAAACAUACCUAUCAGUUGUAGCUCUUACAGGAGGUUUUAUUCAGUAGCCAUUCCUGUAUGUGCAGUGGGUCUGUUUAUUCUUCCACAAUGUAGAACUGUAAUCGGGCAUCUGGAUUAAACUAUAACCUUGUUUGGAAACUUUGGCAGUCCUAGUACUUAUAUUGUUUUGAGGAACAAAUUUUAUUGGGUUGCCCUUAAGAUGCUUUGUCACAGUUUUUAUGUUUGCUAUACUGCCGAAUGAAUUUAUAUCUCCCAAAGUUGAGAUGCAACAAUAAAGUAGAGCAACUGUGUAUACUUUGUCUGUGGAUUGUCCCACGGGCUGAUGCAGUUUGUAAAUAACUCUUCCAAAACCAUGUAUUUAAAACAGUUUGCAUAUACAUUAUGUAUAAAAGUGAUUUUUUUUAUCAAUUUUUUUAUUCAUGUUUGUACAUUGAAAGGGGUUUUAACCUCUCUUUCUGUGUUUAAAAUGCUGUAGAGUAAUAACAUAGAUGCUCUAGACUGUAUAUCAGGAUAUUAUGGUUCACACAGCAGAAAGUCAGAGCGAAACACUAGUGAUGGGGGUAGCAUUACUAAAAUUGAUGUUUCUUGAAACUUCAUUUUACCACAUUUGUCAACUUGUGAUUCCAAUUCCUUCCAUUUCCGCAGAGAAUUAAAGAAAAAGUACUCUUGUAAAA